AUGUCGAGUACGGUGCAAGACUUCUACCACCAUCCAAGCAAAGUGUCCACAUCAGGGGGAGCCACAAUCAAUUUCCAUGCGAGAGGGUUGAGCGGUGUUUCGCGGGAAGAUCCCGUUCUCCUCCUCCUUCAUGGAUAUCCACAAUCGAGCUACAUGUUUCGUUGGUUGAUACCUCUACUGCCCGCCCACCUGCCGCUUUUUGUUCCAGAUCUUCCCGGCUAUGGCGACAGCACAGCCAAUGGGUUGCGACAUGAUAAAAGAACGGUCGGUACUACGGUACUGGAGUCCCUGGAAAAGAGCCUCCCGAGCAAGGGGGGUGAGCGCCAGAAGAUAAUCAUUGCAGGGCACGAUCGAGGCGCACGGGUCUGUCAUCGUCUCGCCGUCGAUGCUCCAGAUAUCCCCUCCUUUGAGAUAGUCUCUGUCAUCAUUCUUGACAUUGUUCCCACAGCAGCCCAGUGGGACACGUUUGACAGCGCCAAGAGUGCGGCCUCCAAGUUCCACUGGCCACUUCUCGCAAAUGUGGAGAUCGCCACCAAGCUCAUCACUAGCCACGGUGGAGGCUCUUGGUGCUCAGAGCUGAUUCAUCGUUGGGCGGGCCACAACGACCGAAGGAGGGCUAGAGUCUUGAAUGCAGAGGCCCUGGAUGUCUAUUGCCGUCACUUUGACAAUGAAUCUGUCGUGAGAGCCUCAUGCGAGGAUUACCGUGCGGGUGCCUUUGAAGAUGAUGACCUCCAGAGAGAAGAUCAAAAGGUCGGCAACAAAAUCAGAAUUCCGACGUUGGUGGUUUACUCGGAGUCUUAUAUCGGAGCCUCAUACGAUGUUGAAUCCAUCUGGAAAGACUGGUGCGCGAGCGGGAUCCAGCUGGAGACUAAAGCCAUCGGAGACGGCACAGGACAUUUUCUCCCAGAGGAAGCUCCAGAAGAGACUGCCGAGAUCAUGACUACUUGGAUCAAGCAAUGGAUAAAAUAA